AUGCGCUUUAUGAAAAGUUGGAUACAUUGCUACUUAUGCGUUUAUCAAUUUUUAAAGUUGAACUUGGAUUCGUUUUCCAUACCAAGCUGUUAUAAAGAUGACCUUUCUGCUGUUAUUAUCCCCUCUGGUAUGAUUGAAGACCGAGUGAAAGCGUUGGCCUACGAAAUUCAUCGGGUUGUUCAAGAUCAGCCACUAACUUUAUUGUGUAUCUUAAAAGGUUCUUAUCGGUUUUUCACAACCUUGGUGGACGAGCUAACUGAAGUUCGAAGACACUGUCACUCCUUACUAACCAUAGAUUUUGUUCGCCUUCAGAGUUACUCAGACACACAGUCUACUGGUACUGUUAAUAUACUUGGGUUGUCAAGCAUUGAUGAACUUAAGGAGCAAAAUGUUUUGAUUGUUGAAGACGUAGUGGACAGCGGGAAUACUUUGGCACAUCUUUUAGACACUCUUAACGUUAUAGGCGUCAAGAAGGCAUGGACAGCAGUGUUGAUGUCGAAGAGAGUUAAACGUGAGCGAGAGGUUAAAGAAGAUUUUGUUGCUUUUGAUGUCGCUGAUAAGUUUAUUGUUGGGUAUGGUCUGGAUUAUAAUCAAAAGUUUCGUGACCUUCGGCACGUAUGUGUUAUAAGUCCAAAAGGAAUAGAAAAAUAUAAAAUCGCUGAGGAUGAGAAAGCAGCAAAAUGA